UUGGUAUCAGCACUCAGACAGCAGCGAUUGUCGCUGAAACACUUUGUUCUGGAAGAGAUAAUAUUCAGGCUCCUUCAAAUUAAAUGACGACUUCAUAGAAGAUGAUGACCAGUUAUAGACAAAUAACAGCAAAAGGAACACAACAAUGGCAUUGAAGAAUAAAGUGCAAAGUAUAUUAAUUCCCUGGUGGAGAAAGAAUACCUUAUUGUCAUCUACUUCAAGGACUCUAAAUACCUUUGCAACCGGUUCUGAUAACCGAAUCAUCAAGUCUCCAUCUCUUGUUUCUCUAGAUCUCCCUGAUGAAUGGACUUCUAGCUCCACCAAUUGUAAUGCUCCGUCCACCAACAAGCUUGCUAGUGAAGAGACUGGUAGAGUAAUUGAUGGAAAACAAAUUGCGGAGGAAAUUAUAUCAGGGGUGGCUUGUGAAGUAGAAAGAAUGAAGAAAACAAUUGGUGAGGUUCCUGGAGUGGCUGUCAUUUUAGUAGGCGAGAGGAGGGAUUCCCAAACAUAUGUCCGUAACAAGAUAAAAGCAUGUGAGGAAGCUGGAAUCAAGUUUUCAUUGACUGAAUUUUCAGAAAAGUGUAGUGAAGAUGAAGUUUGUGAUGCUAUAAUGGGUUUUAACAUGGAUCCAUCUUUUCAUGGUAUUCUCGUACAGCUUCCUCUUCCUCAGCGUCUAAAUGAAGAGAAGGUUUUGGAUGUAAUGAGACUGGAAAAGGACGUGGAUGGUUUUCAUCCAAUGAACAUGGGAAACUUAGCUAUGAGGGGAAGGGAGCCAUUAUUCAUCCCCUGUACUCCAAAGGGUUGUGUUGAGUUACUGAUCAGAUCCGGUGUGGAGAUAAUGGGGAAGAAAGCUGUCGUCAUCGGGAGGAGCAACAUUGUUGGUUUACCUGCAUCCUUGCUGCUACAGAGGCACCAUGCAACUGUUACGGUCGUUGAUGCAUUAACGUCAAACCCUGAAGAAAUCACACGUGAAGCUGACAUUUUGGUGAGUGCGGUAGGAGUCCCUAAUUUGGUCCGUGGAAGUUGGCUGAAGCCUGGUGCUGUUGUUGUUGAUGUUGGAACUUAUCCAGUUGAGGACGAUAGUUGUGAACAAGGUUAUCGGCUGAUAGGAGAUGUAUGCUAUGAAGAAGCAUCAAGGGUAGCAUCUUGGUUGACCCCUGUGCCAGGAGGAGUAGGGCCUAUGACAGUUGCCAUGCUGCUUUACAACACGCUUGAAUCGGCUAGGCGUAUAUACAAAUUUGUUUGACUUGCAAAAAGGUUAUGCUAUAUGUUGAUUGAUUAUUGGAAAUGCAUAUUGAAUCCUAUUUAGUUAUGCAGAUUGUCUGUUUUUACAUUCUUUCUCUGGAAAUUUGGCCAUUGUUGCUUCUGAAUAACAGACCUCUGCUGUAUCUAAAUAUGGCAUUCAUUACUGUUUGUUUUACAUAACGAAUGAAACUUCAUUUUAC